AACAUAAACAUUGGUGGAGGUUCUGCGGAUGACAGAAAAUAUACAUGACACUAGAAGAAACGUACCAUAUGUUGGUUGAGCUUUAGUGACAGUUCUUCUUCUUCUUCUUAUAUUACACUACAUGUUAGUCAUAUCUUAGACAUGGAUGGAAGGAUUUCAAUAAAACAUGGUAGAAAUAUUAACUGCUAUAGGGCAAUGAGGCACUGCAAGUUUAAUUCUGAUUGAUUAAGGAAAACAAGAUUUAUGGCCCUUGGUAAAGAUGAUGUAAAAUGUUGACCUAGAGAAAGAAAUAAAAUAGGAGAAGAGAAGAUGGAACAGGGUGCUAAGAAAACAUUGUUUGAGCCUGCUGAGGAACAGCAUGAAUUACUGAACAAGCAUGGCUACCUGGACAUGUGUGCCAGAAUUCCAAAGAGAUACAUUGUUGGCAUAAUGGCCUUUUUUGGCUUCUGUAACAUAUAUGCACUGAGAGUGAACCUGAGUGUUGCUAUUGUCGCCAUGACAUCCAAUCAUACACGGAAUCUAGGUGGCAACAAGACACUGACAGUUCUGCCUGACUUUUCCUGGGACCAGCAUACAAAAGGGAUCAUCCUUGGAUCUUUCUUCUAUGGUUACAUAUUUACGCAAAUACCAGGUGGUUUUUUGGCUACUAAAAUUGGAGGGAAACUUUUGUUUGGUGGUGGGAUAUUUCUGACAGCUAUUCUUACUUUACUAACACCAUUGUGUGCAAGGUGGAGCAUUUAUUUAUUGGUUGCUAUCAGAGUAUUUGAAGGACUCUUUGAGGGUGUAACGUAUCCCUCAAUUCAUGCAAUAUGGUCAAAGUGGGCUCCGCCUCUGGAGAAGACUACACUUGCAACACUAGCAUUUUCAGGGUCUUAUGUUGGUACAGUUAUAUCUCUUCCACUAUCAGCAGCCCUGGCAGAGAGCGGUGGAGGCUGGCCCUCUAUUUUCUAUGUUUUUGGUUCUGUAGCUGUGAUCUGGGUUUUGCUGUGGUGUUUUCUGGUAUCUGAGAGUCCAGCCAAACACCCAAGUAUAAGCAAUAAGGAAUUGGAAUAUAUACAGGGAAAUAUAGGCUAUACUGAUGAACAAACACAGGAUUUGAAACCACCAUGGUUAAGAAUGUUAACAUCUCUGCCAGUAUGGGCGAUCGUUGCGGCUCAUUUCUCUGAGAACUGGGGUUUCUAUACAUGGCUUACAGAACUACCAACAUUUAUGAAUGAUGUCCUCCAUUUUAAUAUGUACCAGGCUGGUUUCCUGGCUGCUGUUCCAUAUUUGUUCAUGGCUAUUGUUGUACAGGGAUGUGGACAUCUAGCUGAUUAUUUACGCAGCAAAGUUCAAGUCUCGACUGAAGCUGUACGCAAAAUAUUUACAUGUGGAGCAUUUAUCAUACAAGUUGUGUUCAUGAUUGGGGCAGGAUACACCAUGACACGUACAGCAUGUAUGGUUUGUCUAACUAUAGCAGUGGGUAUAGGUGGAUUUGCUUGGGGAGGAUUCAGUGUCAACCAUCUAGAUAUAGCACCACAGUAUGCAAGCAUAUUGAUGGGGAUUUCCAACACAUUUGCUACCCUACCUGGUAUUAUCAGUCCUGGGCUUACAUCUGCAAUAGUCACUACAAAGGGAGAUGCUGGUCAGUGGCAGAUUGUUUUUUAUAUAGCUGCUGGUAUUUAUUUAUUUGGUGCAAUAACAUAUGGAGUCCUUGCCUCUGGGAAAAGACAGAAAUGGGCAGAGGUUCCCACGGGGUAUAUACCACACACAGAUGGAACAGACCUUGAUAACUAAAGAACCGGAAACACUUCAGUCAUAUAGGAUGUAUGAUGAAAAUAUUUUGAUGUUGGGAGAAGUAGGGUGGCACCUGGAGUUACUGUGGUGGAUCUGUCUCUGGGAGAAGUGGGGUGGCAUCUGGAGUUACUCUGGUGGAUCUGUCUCUCGGACUUUGUAUUGUUCAUAUCUCAAAAAGUAUUAGUAUUUAACACAGAGUCAUCAAGCCUUAUAGGAUUGUUAUUCAGCUAGUUGUGCACCUGGUAUUUUAUUAGGAUUUCACUCAGCCAGACCAGAGUUAUGGCCCUUUACUUAGUCAAAAAUAUGCUUUAAAAUAUGUUAAAGUUUGUGUCUCAUGAAUCUUGAAACAUAUUUGACAAAGGUUCAUGAAACAUAAUAGGAAUACUUUUCAGCAUGUGAAGUUGUGCAUCUGCAGUUUUGUUUAGGAUUUGUUUUGGUCAAAUGGGAGUAAUGGCCCAUGAUUUAGUCAAAAGUAUUUAUAAAUGGAAUACAAGUUUGUAUCACAUGUAUCUCAAAAGUAUUUGACUAAGAGUGUUAUUAAGCAUGUGCAGUUGUUCACCUGGUGUUCUGUAAGCCAGACCAGAGUUAUAGUCAGUGACAUAGUGAAAAAUACACAUUGUGUUGCAUAUAUCUUAUAUAUAGCUAUUUGACCUAUAGUCAUGAAACUGUGUAGGAAUAUUUACAUUGUAAAUUUCUGCACCUGAGUUUUGGUUUUGGACUUCACUCUGUUAUAGCCCUUGACUUAGUCAAAAAUAUGCAUUAGGGGCAUAAACAUUUGUGUCCCAUGUAUGUCAAAAACAAUUUGACCUAUUUGAGUCAUAAAACAUUAGAAGGUUAUUGUAUAUCAUUUGAAGUUGUGCACCUGGUGUUCUGUUUGCGAUUUCUCUCAGCCAGACCAGAGUUGUCCUUGGCUUUGUGAAAAAUACACAGAAAGUGCAUAAAUGUUUGUGUUGCAUUUAAAAUAAUAUUUCGCUUAGAGUCACUAAACCAUUUCCAGUAACAGGAAGAUGGGGGUGGCAGUGUCCAGUGGACACGCAACUAUUUGUUUAUCUAUUUGUUAGUCCAUGGCUUAUCCUUUUUAUCACCACUUCCAUUUCUAAUUUCUAUCUUAACAUUUUUUGUUGAAAGUUGAUCUGCAGACCUGUCUCUAGGGAAUUAGUGUGGAAACCAGUCUUAUGAUUAACAAGCAGUUAGAUGCAGGAGUGCCAAGACUGGUCCCAGGUGAUUUGUCAGUAUCAUGAAAACCAUACUGAUAAAAGUGUAUACAGUCAAACAGUCAAACUACAUGUACUGUUGAAUAGGCUGUAUAAGUUUUAAUGCCUUUAUACACAUUAUUCUUUUCAGUUAAAUAUACGCAACUCUUUUGGAAAUAAAGCAAAACAUGUUUGUGCAUACUUGUGUAAUUAUGUCUCCCACAUGUGGUGGGGGAGAAAUAUUGACUUAGUGCUCUGUCUGUAUUUUAUAAAAAGUUUGUCCAUGCAACUCCUCAGACACCCCCAGGCAGAUUUACACCAAACUUCAUAUAGGUGAACAAUGCAAAUCCUAUUAGUGCAUAUUGUCAGCAUGUUCUGGUGUUUGGUGAUUUUCAGUGGAGUUAUGGCCCCUGAUUCAUCAAAUUUUAUGAAGUUUGGGGACUUUUCUUGGCAGAUUUCCACCAAACUUCCCAGGAGUGAUAAGUGCAAAGCCUAAUUAAGGAUAUCUCCGAUAUGGUAAUGUUCAAAAGUUUUUUUCUUGUUCAUUGAUGUUAAGUAGAGUAAUGGCCCUUUACUUGUCAAACCAUCUGAUGUUUCAGCUAUUUCUCUUACGUAGGCUUUGCAGUAUUCCUACUUUUUUCUACUUUUUUAAAGUGCUAUUAUUUCCUACUUUUCUACAAAACCUUCUAUAACUCCUACUUUUUCAUAUCAGAAGUAGUAAAAAUGCAUUUUUUACCCCCAGAAUGAAAUUUUUUUUUAGGGACACCCCUCCCACACCUACCCCAAACGAAUGUGAAUUAACACCUUGCUGUACUUUUGUCAAUGUUCAAAAAGGUAUAUACUGUGGUUUAUGAAAGUAGUUUGGAUUCAGUAGGUGUGUCUUUAAUGCAUUUAAUUGUGUACACUGAAAUGUUGUUGAUUCCAGUGCAAAAGCACUUUUUUGUCCCAAAAGCUCUUUUUGUCAAAGUUUGUAACUUACAUAAACUCCUACUUUUUCAUCAAAUUUCCUAAUUUUUUCCUACUUUUCUCCUACUUUUAUGCCACAUUUAUUCCUAUUUUUCUCUACUUUUUCAUAAUGGCUGGCUGGAAAGCCUGCUUACACCAUUGGGCAGAUUUCCUUCUAACACUGCAGUUAUCAUUGCCAUGCCUUGUUAUGCAUUGUUCCAGUUCAGAGAUUUUCAGUGGAGUUAUGGCCCUUGAUACGUCUUAUUUUACAGUGUUUACACUAGCUGCUGUAUAGCAUUGGACUGAAUUUCACCAAACCUCAGGAGUGAUUAGUAGAAGUGUGGUUGUGCAUAUCAUGGGCAUGCUCCGUGAUUUGUCAAAUCCUAUGACGUCUUUGCUACCUCUUGUAUACCACUGCUUUGAACUUCACCAAACUUCACAGGUCUGAUCAGUGCCAAUCCUAGUUGUGUAUGUCAUUGGAAUGUUAUAGUUCAGUGAUUUUCACUGGAGUUACAGCCCUUAAUUUCUGGCUUUUAACCAUUUCUGUGUGUUAAGUGGAGGGAGACAUACAUUUUUUUGUGAAAAACAAUCUCAUUUUUAAAUCCCUUGAGCACAAAGUGUUCAAGGUGAGCUAUUGUGAUCACCCUGUGUCAGUUGUCUGUCUUUAGGCAUUGUGACUGUAAACACUGAAGAGGUCACAGUUUUGGCCAAAUCUUACUGACACUUGGUCAGAAUGUUGCUCCGAGUACAAUUUCAGACAGUUUGUUAUGGGUCGUUUGGGUCAAAAACCAGGUCACUAGGUCAGUUUAUAAGAAAACCUUGUUAACACUCCAGAGGCCACUUUUUCUACCUGAUCUUCAUAAAACUUAGUCAGAAUGUUUGUCUCUGUGAAAUCUAGUCCAAGUUUGAAACUCGGUUACCUGAGGUCAUAUCAUAGAUAAACCUUUAUAACACUGUAGAUGCCAAAAUUUAUGUUUGAUUAUCAAAAAUCUUUGUCGGAUUGUUUGUUCCCAUGUGAUAUAGGAUAAGUUUAAAACUGUUUGGAUAUUUGUCUUUAUGAAAUCUAAGUCAAGUUCAAAAAUGGUUUACCGGAGGCCAAAACCUAGGUCAACAGAUUAAAUCAUAGAUUUAGCUUGUUAACCCUAUAAAUAAGAGUCCACUUUUUUCAUUUGAUUGUAAAAAAAUUGUCAGAAAAUCUCAAUCAAGUUAGAGACUGGGUAGCCUUACAUUUUAAAAGAGGUCGAACCAUAGAAAAACCUCAUAAGCACUCUAGAGGCCACAUGUUCUACAUGAUCAUCAUAAAACUUUGUUAGAAUGUUUUUCCCUAUAAAAUUUAGGUAAGGUUCAAACUUGCUUAUCUGAGGUCUUACAUUAGGUCACUAGGUCAGAUAAUAGAAAAAAAACUUGUUUACACUCUAGAGGUGAUCAUGUUAAAACUUUGUCAGAAUGUUUGUUCUUAUGAAAUCUAUGUCACAUUGAAAAGUGGGAUGUCUGAUGUUAAAAACUAGGUCACUAUGCCAACUCGUACAGAAAGCUUAACUCCCUAGGGGCCAGAAUUGUUUCUUGACCAUUAAAACCUUGAUCAGAAUAUUUGUCUCUGUGAAGUCUAGGACAAGCUGAAAAGUGGAAUGCCUGAGGUUAAAAACUAGGUCACUAGAUUAAAUCCUACAAAAACCUUGUUACACUUGAUCAUCAUAAAAGUUUGUUAGAAUGUUUGCCUCUAGGAAAUCUAGGUCAAGUUUGAAACUGUAUUAUCUGUAUCAGAACUAGGUCUGUAGGUCAAGUCAUAGUUAACACUCAAAAGGCCACAAUUUCUACCUGAUCUUCAUGACACUUGAUCAGAAUAUUUGUCAGUUUAAAAUUUAGGAUAAAUUUAAAGCUUGGUCACUUGGGUAAAACUAGGUCACUGUGUACAAACUUGGUUAAUGAUCUGCCAGAUAUACCUGAAACAUGGACACAAUAUUUGUUUCUAUGAAAUCGACUUUUAAAUGUUCAUUCCAGAAGCCUAUACCAAGAUCGGUCAUAUUAUUCCAUUUUGACAAAAACAUGGCCAUCAGAGGGGGUACUCACUUUUUUAUACAUGUAUACAGUAUUUCCUAAAUGUAUAUAGUGGAUACUUUAUAAACUCUUCAUCAGAAAUCAUUGGCCCAAUUUCAAAAUAAUUUUACUGACAUUUUCCAUGUAUGACGCUCUACAUUUGUUCAAGCAAUUUGCCAUACUCAGAUGAGCAAUCUAGGGCCAUCAUGACUCUCCUGUUUUAAUAAAGUUUGAGGAUUUUCAUAUGAAACAAAGUAUCUGACAUGAACACUUAAUUCAAACAUGUUUCUGCAAAGGACUCUCAAUUUUUACUUUGUUUAUUAUCACCCCAAAAUGUGAUCAGAACCUUACAUGUAUUUGUUUUUGAAGAUAUUUGCAUAUAUCAAAUGUUUAGUUUUCAAAUGGUAAGUUUUAUUUACUUACAAUUGUUACACUUUUACUCUGAUGUUUGUAUUUAUUUAUUAUUUUUUUUUUUUUUUGUUGGAUUUAACGUCGCACCGACACAUGAUAGGUCAUAUGGCGACUUUCCAGCUUUGAUGGUGGAGGAAGACCCCAGGUGCCCCUCCGUGCAUUAUUUCAUCACGAGCGGGUACCUGGGUAGAACCACCGACCUUCCGUAAGCCAGCUGGAUGGCUUCCUCACAUGAAGAAUUCAACGCCCCGAGUGAGGCUCGAACCCACAUCGAUGAGGGGCAAGUGAUUUGAAGUCAGCGACCUUAACCACUCGGCCACGGAGGCCCCCUGUUUGUAUUUAAGUUCUAUAUUACCAGUAUUGUGCUAUAUACAUGUUGCUCUUGAAUGAAUUAAGUUGUUAUUAUCGCCUGAGCACAAAGUGCUCAUGGUGAGUUUUUUUGAAUUUUGGAUGUCUGUUGUCCAUCAGUUGUCCACAAUUACUUUCAAAGUACAUCUCAAAGUACAUCUAAACCACUAUGCCAAUUUAACCAAACUUCACCGGAACAUACCUUCGAUAGAACUCUUUCAAAGUCUGGUUGCCAUCGCAAUGAAAUAGAAAACUUCAAAAUAUUCCUUUCAGAAACUGCAGGCCCAAUUUUGGAAUUCUUUUGGCAACCUCUACCAAAUUCCUUUAAAUCAUUCAAUUUCAUUAACAAUAUGGCUGCCAAGGGACAGGGCUAGUUUUCCCUAUGUGGCCAUGUCGAAAAUUCUAUGAAACUGCUGGCCAGAUUUUGAAAUUUCACAGUAAAAAUAUUCCUAAAAUGACCCUCUACCAAUUUUCUGCAAAUAAUUCCUUUUUCUUACAAACCAUGGUGACCAGGAAGUAGGGCUAGUUUUCCUAUAUGGCUUUAGGGAAAACUUUGAAAAUCUUUUUUCUCUGGAACAGCUGGCUGAUUUUGAAAUAAUUGCACAGAAGUGUUCGUUUGGCGACUCUACCAAAUUCCUACAAAUUGUUCUGUUUGGUUUAGAAAUAUGGCAGUCAGAGGGCAGGGCUAGUUUUCCUGAAAUGACUAUUAUGGAAAACUUUGAAAAUCUCUGAAACUGCAGGCCAGAUUUCAUAUUUAUUUUGUGGAAACUUCUAAAAUCUUGUAAGAAAAGCAGGCCUUAUUUCAAAAUAAUUUCACAGAUAUCUUUCUCUGUAUGUGUAUAACAUUUCUUUAAGUCAUCCAUAACAUAUGCCAGCCAGCCAGUGCUUAUAAACAAUUUAAAGGUGGUCAGAUAAAAUGUCCGAUUGAAAAUGAAGAAUAUGUGUCAAAACAUUUGCUUUUUAACCGUUUAUUUUUAUAUUGUAACUGUGUAAAAAGUGUCGUGAUGUAACUCUUGUCAAAAAGCGUCAUUGUAAAGAAGUAAUUGAUGGGGGAAGAUGACAUUAGUAUAGCAGCAUUGUCAGUCCAGAUUUGUUCGCACAAAUUCAAGGGACCCAUGGAAAAUUGGUUUGAGUUACUGUUAGUUUAAGCCAAACAAAGGUUACACUGUUUUCAGUUGUAAUGACCUUUAUGUACUGAAUACUGUAAUAAGUGUUUUAAUUUAAACACUAGAACAGUAUUUACUUAAGAUGUGUAAUGGUUGUGUUUUUAAAAUAGCAUGUGCUCGUCUGAAUAUAGAUUGUGUUAAAUAUAGAGGAAUGAAGGAAAUAUUUUGAUGUGGUAAUGUACAUAUCUGAAACUGGAGGUAAACUGUCGCAAUUUCAUGCAUGCAAAGUCCUAUAAUUAACAGGUUUUACUCAGUUCAUAGAGAUUUCGUAAUUUCAUCCUGUAAAUCCUGAACACAACAAUACAUAAACAAUAUUUCAAAAAAACAUUGCAGUGACCAAAUGAUACCUAAUUAUGAACAGUGUUUAUCUGUCUUUCAAUUGCCAAUUUCAAGACGAGAUAAAAUAUGAACUGCUGGAAAGAGUGAAAAAACUGAGGAUUUACUCACACCUUUUGCUGUUCGAGCAAGUAGGUGUGAUCUGCACUAUUGUGAAACUGUCCGCAUCAAAUGUUUGAGAGUUCCUACCAUCCAUGUUUGAGAAGUCAGUGGUAGAACAAUAUGCAUUAUGGAUUUUGCCAGUACAGCCCAACAAGGUGCAAAAAUUGAGUUAAAAUGUACAAAGUUGGACUGCAGUUUAUGUUUAACACUUCUAUUGUUUUGAAAUGAAAAGUGUAUAACUGGACUAUCAACUUUCAUUUUAUUAUGAUGUUGUAGUGUAAGUUGUACAGUCCAACAUUGUUUGCUAGAACUUGGAUCACUCAAGCACCUCCCUUUGCUUGAACUCUACAUUCUAACCCGGCAAAAUCUCUACAAUACAUAUUGUUCUACGUUGGAUCAUUUGAACACUAAUGGCUUGAACUCUCAAACCACACAGCGCUUAAGCUUGUAUUAUAGUGAAGAGAACAUGUUUUCACUGGAACAACAAAAGAUGUUAGUCAAAUCUCGAUUAUUGACAGAUAGCUAGCUCAUGUUCUUGUUACAUAAUUAAGGGAAAGUUAUAAUAACAAGAAUUAAGUUGAUAUUCGUGCAACUUGCUGUUUGAUGAUUUUACAACUUAACAAUAAUUAUUUAUCUAAAUAUAAAACACAAGCAGAAGGCAAUUGAAAACAUGACUGUUUGACCUUCAGAUAAGUAUAAUAUGUUAACACAUGAUUUCAGAUAUGCACAAGGCCAGAACACUAUGUUUUUAGACUGGUGUAUGCUACUUUAAAAACUUACAUGACACGAAAAUAUUGCUCUAUUACUAGUGUCUUUUGAAUUAGAAGACUAUGAUAAAAUUAGAAAUUAUGACAAACAUACUUAACGGUAAUAGAUGUACAUGUUUCUGUAAGUUUGACUGUAAGCUCUGCUGGUUCAAACUAUUGAUGGCUCAGCAAAGUUUGAAAGGCCCUGUGUGUUCAAGCAAACAAAGUUGGACUGUAUAUGAAGUAUAUUUUCAUCUUCAGUAUUUAAAUUUGUUAAUUGUUUACUGUUUCAUAUUGUAGAAGUUAUUUUACUAUAUACUUUGUUAUUGUUUAUUUACAUUUGAAUAUGUAAAAUAUUUCAUUCUAGUCAUUUUUCAUACCAUAUUAAAACCAUAUUUUAUGUUAGUGAUAAAUUUUUUUUUUUGCUUAUUUUAUGAUCUUUUUGCUCACAAAAGAUCUCUUGUGUUGUUUAAAGUGAUAAAAAAGACUUGCUAUUUACUGUUUUGAAAAUUUUGUAAUACUUUACAUUAUAACAGCAUAUUUAUGUGUCCUUUACUUUUUAAAAAGUAGUGAAACCUAUGUGGCAAUCGAUAUGGUAACAAACAUGAAAUUGCUCUUUUGUGUUCAAAACUAACUUUGUUAUACGUUUGGUUU